ACUAACUAACCACUGGCACAACUUUGUUUUUUCCGAAACUACUGAUAAAAUAUUCGGGUUGCAAACUUCGUUUGGAGAUCAGACAGAAUGUCUGCCUACGGGAGUAAAAAAAGAAUCGCUCGGUCUGGUUCAGAAUCAACGGUGCAAGUUCGGAAAAAAAUGGAUGUCUCCGCGUAGCGAAAUGGUUGGUUGGAUGGAGAGAGAGGAGCUGCUGUGCGUUGAGUGGAGGGAGACGGCGAGUGAGAUGGAGGCGGGGGGGAAGGACCAUCUCUGCGGGGACUGGAGCCCAGGACCGACGGCGCAGUGCUGGCUGUCGUUCAACCCUCCCCUUCUUCCUCCACAACGACACCGAAGCUCACGCCGAGAGACAGAUACAAGGCCAUACACUCACAAUGAAUGGAGAAAUGGAGGCAACCACCCAAGACCAAGGUGGGAUUUUGACAAUAUGGGCACAGGAUGACCUCUUAAAUCUCCUGGAGUCCAUGAAAUUGGCUCUGCCUCAGAAAGACCUGACUAAAUACAAAACAUCAGAGUCCCACCUCGACUGGCAGAAGGUGGCCUUUAACUCCUUCACAGGAGAGAUGUGUAAGCAGAAGUGGCAAGAGGUCUCCAAAGAGAUUCGUAAAUUCCGGACUCUAACAGAACUCAUAUAUGAUGCCCAAGACUACAUCAAGAACCCUUACAAGGGCAAAAAGAUAAAGAAACAUCCAGAUUUCCCCAAGAAGCCAUUAACUCCAUACUUCCGGUUCUUUAUGGAAAAGAGGGCCAAAUACGCAAAGUUGCACCCUGAGAUGAGCAACCUAGACCUAACUAAAAUCCUGUCCAAGAAGUACAGGGAGCUACCUGACAAAAAAAAGAAAAAGUAUGUUGAGGACUUCUUACGAGACAAAGAAACAUUUGUGCACAGCAUGAUGAAGUUCAGAGAACUACACCCGGACCUUAUGGAGAGCAUGACCAAGAAAGGUUCAAAUGCACCAGAGAAGCCCAAGACACCGCAACAGCUGUGGUACAACCAUGAAAAGAAGGCCGUCCUCAAGACACGCCCAGAUGCAACCACCAAAGACAUUAAGGAGAGUCUUGGCAAACAGUGGACACAGCUGUCUGACAAGAAGAGACUAAAAUGGAUCGCCAAGUCCCUGGAGCAGCAGAAACUGUAUGAGGAGACCAUGCGGGAGUACAUCCAGCAGCACCCAGAGUUAAACAUGACCCAAGGGGAUAUCGUCAAGUCCACACUGACCAAGGCUGAGAGGCACCUGAAAGACAAAUCUGACGGCCGACCUGACAAACCACCUCCAAAUGGUUACUCGAUGUUCUGUGCCGAGUUGAUGUCGAGCAUGAAGGAUGUACCCAGCACAGAGCGCAUGGUUAUGUGUAGCCAGCGGUGGAAGCUUCUGAAGCAGAAUGAGAAGGACGCCUACCAGAAACGCUGUGAACAGAGGAAGAAGGAGUUUGAAAUUGAUAUGAACAGAUUUCUCAGUUCUUUGUCAGAGGAGGAGCAAAACCGGGUUUUGUCUGAGGAUAAAUCAGGUUUUAAGAAGGGUGGAGCGAACAGUCCUGCCGCCAAAAAGAGGGCCUCUAGAGCAAAGGUCAAUCCAGAGAAACCCAAAAGGCCAAUUUCAGCCAUGUUCAUCUUCUCUGAGGAGAAGCGUCCCAAACUGCAGGCGGAGCGGCCAGAUCUUUCUGACAGUGAGCUCACAAGACUCCUGGCCCGCAUGUGGAAUGAGCUGCCGGAUAAGAAGAAGGAGAAGUAUAAACGCCUAGAAACGGUCCUAAAGGCAGAGUCAGAGAAGAAGGAGAAGGAGGAUCGUAGUCGUCUGCCAGACCCACCCAAGACUGCACAGGACAUCUGGCAGCAGAGUGUCAUCGGAGACUACCUGGCCAGAUUUAAGAGUGACCGGCCAAAGGCACAGAAAGCAAUGGAAGCAACCUGGAGCACCAUGGAGAAAAAAGAGAAAAUUAUGUGGAUCAAAAAGGCAGCAGAAGACCAGAAAAGAUACGAGAGAGACCUGUGUGAGAUGCGCUCGCCUGCCACUGCCGUUGCCUCAGGGAAGAAGAUGAAGUUUGAGGGUGAACCCAAGAAACCUCCAUCAAACGGAUAUCAGAAGUUCUCUCAGGAGAUGCUGUCCAACGGAGAGCUGAAUCACCUCCCGAUGAAAGAGCGGAUGACCGAGAUUGGCAGCCGCUGGCAGAGGUUAACGCUGAAGGAGAAGGACCGCUACAAGAAGAUUGCAGAGGAGAAGCAGAGACAGUACAAAGUCCAACUGGAACAGUGGCUUGCUAGCCUGUCUUCACAAGAGAGAAACACUUACAAAGAAUAUAAUUCACAAAAAAGGAGAACUCCAGCCAAACCAGGAGGCCCCAAGGCAAAGGUCAAGAAAUCCGACACGGAGGAGGAGGAGGACGAGGACGACGAUGAUGAUGAUGAUCGUGAGAAGGCUUCCUCUGAGGCAGACUCAUCCAGUGAGGAUGAUGACGACGACGACGAUGACGACGACGAUGAUGAUAAGGACGAGGAUGAUGACGAUGACGACGAGGCGGAAGACAAGGAGAACAAGUCGGAGGACAGCAGCAGCGAAUCAAAUUCAGAGGGGUCGUCGGACUCUGAUUCGGACUGAAACUGGCCGCCUUCUACGUGAGACAAACUGAGCAGCGCUGAGCUGAGCCAAGAGUCGAGGGAGCUCUGCCACUGUGCCAACCCCACUCUCCUCCUCCCACCACCGGAGGGAGUCCCUGCAUCGCCUCAUCCACUUCACACUCGUCCACUUUAUGUCGCUGCAUUGGUGAUCUCCUCCUGGAGGGACCCUGCCCUUAUGUCCAAAAUCUGUUUCAUUCCCUCCCCGGUUUAAUGAUCAUCUCACAACACGGGCCGCUGACGUUAUGCCAAAAACGGCAUCCCGCUGGUUUGGUGAUGUCAUGAACUUCUGCCGCCAGUUUCAGUCCUGACUUGCAGGUUCAAUGGUUUAAGGUUAGAGUUUUAAUGUUGAUGGUAAUUCAUAACCUUCCAGUGUUUAUUUUAUGACUCUGGUAAUUAGUUGAAGACAGUCGGCAUGAGUUGUGAACGGGCUUCAUAGAGCCAAAGAACAGUAUGGUGGAUCACUUUAGGGAGCGAGAGGGGAAAGGGGGGGUGUGCAGGGUACUGGAAAAUUGCACUCUUCAGAAUGUUUCCUUUUUUAAAUAUUAUUUUUCCCAGAGCAUUGUCACAUUGUUCUGUACUCUCAAUUUAUGAUGUAGAUUUUAUCAUUUGGUUCUUAAAGAGUUGGUAUUUUUUUCAGGAAAAAAAUCAAGCCAUUUUGAAUGUCUUUUUGUUGCUGGAAAAUUUCAGUUGUUACUUACCCAUGUUCUCAUUUAAAAGAUAACAGUGCCUAUAUAAAGUAUUCACCCCCACUUGGACUUUUUCAUGUUUAUUGUUUUAAGACGUUAAACCAAAGUGGAUGCUCAUUAACAUAAAAUUAGAGCUUGUACUGCAACAUUUAGGGGGAAUUUACUUUAAUGCUUUCUAAUUGAGAGGAAACCUGCCCACAACCAGUUGUGAUGUCUGGUUUGUUUGAAGUGUAGCAGACAUUUUAACACAAAAACUGAAACGGACACAAGCUCAGCAAAUGUUCCUGUUAUUUUCCAAGUAAAUAUAAAUAUCUACAGUAUCUAAAUUUAAGUGCAAGUUUAAAAAACGUACAACAAUUGAGUCCAUCAGGCACAUGUGGACACUGCAUUUCCCCGUUUCUUUUCGCGGAACCGCCCGUUUAUAGUGGCUGUUUUCAAGAUCUGCCACAAAUUCUCUAUUGGAUUUAACCUCACUAAUGCGCUUCUUGCACCAACACAGCCUGCUCUAAGCAGAUUUACAGCUGUGCCAUAUUAACUUUUUUUUUUUUUUUUUUUUUUUUUUUUUAAAAGAUUGACCUUACUGUAGUCUGCAGACUAUUCUGUGCCUUGAAAAUAUGCUUGUAUAAUUCCCCUUGAAUGGUAGCUUUUUUCAAUUUAUUUGGCAUGUUUCUUUAUCUUCACAAUGUAGUUUUUAAUACAAAAGAAGUUGUUGGUGCCUCCAGAUACAGCUGUAUUUACUGGUCACGCUUUUCAUUUAGCGUGAUAUCUCCAUUCAACUUAUAAAGAAACUGUCCGCACCAGUCAAUGCUCAUGCAGUAAAUUUUUUUUGAUUUGAGUGUUAAUAAAGCCUGAUUGUAUCCACUGUGCUUCAGAGAUGUAAAACAAAAAAAAGGUUUAAGAAAGGUGAAUAUUUUAUAGGUACUUUAUGAUCCAUUGCCAUGUGUCUGUCAUUGAAAGGUGUCAUUUAUCAAAGUUAACUGACAUGUCUCGUACACAUUAAUCCAUCAGCCUGAUAUAGUUCCGUUUGACUCAGUUAAUUCUGGCCUGACAGUAAUACAAAGUGUUUAUUUGAAGGGAUACUUGUUUUCCACAUGUAGAGCUCAUUCAGAUUCUGUGUUUUUAAAGAAUAUGUCAUACAGUUGGUGUAUGUUUCUUUUCUGAACCGUUGUUUUAUGUUUACGGUUUAUUUGAAUUGUUAAUUGUGAGCAGUUGUGUUCUGGAUUCUUUUUUUUUUUGGAUGUCAAACUGAAUGGUCAAGUUUUUUUGUUUUGAAUUUUUAAUUGGUAUUUUGACUGUAAUCCAUAUGGGUUUUAGUCUGAUGCUUAAUCCCAAAAAAGUGUGCACUUAUUGUAAAUCUGUCCCUCUGUGUGAGUUUGUGUGCAUGCAUGCACAGAACUGUGUAUAUAUGAGGGUGUGAGUGUGUGUUUCUUUGCUUUAAUGUGUGCCGUUUUUACUGUUUUGUUGCAUACCGUGACGUGACUGCAGCAGGCUGGUUUGUGCCUGUGUGGGGACGUCAUACCAACGAAUGUAGAUAUUGUUAAAUCUUUACAUUUCUUUCUUUAGUACUUUUUCUGCUCGACACUGUUGUGUCACUGGUUACCUGAAAACAGACUAAUGACAAGACUUCCAUGACUGUCAUUUUGGGUCCACAGACGGAUGGGUACAUGGCAAAUAUUAACAACCUGUUAGAAAUUAACUGGUUUUGACCAUUUGGAAUCUCAUUACUGUCUGAAACUAAAACCAGCAUGGACUAUUUAAAUGAUUUGGGGAGGGAACAAGAAAAGUGAUUGCUGAUAUUGGUAUAUGGGAGUUUGUAAAAGGGAUUUGGGGAACUGAGUUGCCAGAGGAAUUGGGGUUAAAAACUUGUAAUUUUUCCUGUAAAUACUGUUUUUGUAUCGAGUGCUUAUUGUUUUAUUAGUGCUUUAAUUUGGCAAACCCUCAUCUGUGAUUUCUGAGGCUAGUGAGUUUUUCACUCACGGGGGAGAGACUUUGAUUUAAUUCACCUGUUUUAGUUGUCUCUUCUCUCCCUUAUGUUGGUUUAUAGAGAUAUCUAAGACAGCAAAGCUUUACAAGUUUGUACUGCUGGUCAUUUGACAAAAUUUGAUGUUUUCUAUAGCUGAGGGUGUUCUUAUGUCCUUGUAGUUCCAGUAUUUGGGCAAAUAAAAAUGAUCUUUAACAGUUA